AACUCUACAUUCCACUGUAUUUUUAAAAAGCAAAUAUUAUUAUGCAUACUUCACUGGCUAUCACUUUAAUUACAUUAUAAUAUAAAUGUCUGUAUCUAUCUCUAUAUUUUAUUAUUAAAUUUACUAUUGGUGUAUAUUUUUACUCCACUUCUGUGGUAAAUGACACACUGGGAAAACUGGAGUGAUUUUCUAAGGUCCUUAAAUUCACUGAUAGCACCAAGUUCUGUUUUAAUUUAAUUCUAUUUUAAUAUGUACAUGAGUUAUUUCAUCUUUAUUGUGACUGGUUAAUACAAGCACACACCUAAUUAAAUUAAAUCUGCAGGUUUCUUCCUUUCAUGCCUGUCCCCCACACUUUCCUUUUACACUAUAAUUGAAAACUGGAGUAGAGACUUUCUUUGAAUUUAAAAAUGGUUUUAAAGUUGGCUUUUGGAAUUGCUAUUCACUAAAAAUGGGAAUAAAAAUAUUUCAGGGUAUAAAACUAAACAUAUUUUUUCUUUCCAAGUUUCUGAGUCUUACUGAGGAAGAUCUGAAUAAGUUUGAGUCCCUCACCAUGGGAGCAAAGAAGAAGCUCAAGACCCAACUAGAGCUGGAGAAGGAGAAGUCAGAGAAACGGUGCCUAAACCCCUCCACACCUUCCUCAGUGACCAGCAGUGGGGUGGCCAGGGUUCCCCCCACUUCCCACGUGGGGCCCAUCCAGAGCCUCCGGGGCAACCACGCUGCAGAGCUGCGAGUGGACGUGGAUCAGGCAGCCCACCCCCUGCCCCGGGAGGGCAGCUCCUCCGAGUACUCCAGCUCCAGCUCCAGCCCCAUGGGGAUCCAGGCGCGGGAGGAGAGCUCGGACAGCGCCGAGGAGAACGAGAGACGGGCAAUGGCAAUGGGUCGAGCCACAAAAAAAACGGGAACCUCUCCUGUUACAACUGCGGGGCCAGCGGGCACAGAGCUCAGGACUGCAAACAGCCACCCAUGGAUUUCAAUCGGCAAGGUACGUUCAGGCUGAAGUACGCCCCUCCCUCGGAAAGCCUGGACUCCACAGACUGAGCUUGCCCAGCUGGCACCGCCGUGCUGCAAAGCCAUGGAGAGCGACGGAGAUCGAACUGCCAAACUGAGACGUCCAGUUGCUGUUAAGCUUAAUGUAUUUUUUAAUCCAAAGGUGCUUUACUUUAUUAGACUAGGUAGAAAAUCUAGCUUAGGGGUGCAGCCAAGCCAGUUUUGAUUGCCAAAUUCAAGCUUUGUUGUUGGAACUCCUGACUCGGUGUCCUCGGAGCGAUGGAUGGAUGGAUGGAUGGAUGGAUGGUGGAGCUGGCCAGCUGCAGUUCCUGCUGGAAGUACAACAUCCCCUGUACUUUUUUGGCUGGAGAAUGUUGCCACAAUUGGACUUUUCCAAGGUGAAAGGCCUGACUCCAGGGCAGCUCUGUUCUGAGGUGGAAGGUAGGAGUGGCCAGAAGGACUUUGGCACCCCUGGGCUAGGUAAAAUGUCUACUUUUUUUCAAAAGUGAUCAGGCACUAAUCUCUGGGAUUUUUAAGGAUUGCACUACAGAAGAAUGUAAAACUCUUCAAGCUUUCUGCACUUUUAGCAGACAGUGUCACUCUGAGACCAGUGCAAGAGGCAAAGAAGUUCCAACCUUUACAAAUUGGCACCAGCAGGCUUACGGGACUUAAUUCCACAAUAAAAAUCCUAAAAAGUCUCUUUUUUCCCUUCCAAAAGAACACACACGGCAGUUUCGGUUCCUUCUGGAAACAAACUCGUGCUUCAUUGUCUCACCUAUUACUAGCUAGUGCUGGCUUCCCAGCACUGGAAUAAACUUAGUUUCCAAGGGUCCAAGUCCCAGAGACUCCAGAGUCAUAAAAGCUUCAAGGAUAUUUUCCUGUAAUACACAAAACCUUUACGUCCUGUUACUGUAUAUAGGUCUCUUUCACAGAAACCUUAUUAUUCUGCUUUUGUAAAUGAAUUUUAAACCAUCCUAAAAAAAAAAAAAAUCAAACUAAGAACUCUGGCAGCAGAGUUGAUAAGCUUUUGCUUUACUUUAUAUAAAAUACCCUUUGGCUCCUACCCCAGGAUUCAGGAGUGGUGGGAGUCAAACAUGUAAAAGGUAGUAAAAACUUCAUUAUUAUCAAGACUUGGAAGGAUUUCUUGUCGGCCUCCUUCGUUGCAGUAGGUUGUAGAUGAGUAGCUUUGGUGUUAACUACUUAGUCCAUCAUUUGUGGGUGACAAAUCUAAAUUAGGACUCGAGAGGAAGCCGAACCCAUCUCGAACUGCUAAUUUGAAACACUUUGGUCCUGUCUGGUUGAAAGAAGAUCCUAAUCCUCAUGGCUCUCCCCCCUGGGAAUAUGACAGCAUUAAAUGGGUGAGGCCUCCUCUGUAAAAGUGUCUGACAGAGAGAAAUUUGCAUCCUGUAAUUUGGGAGACACCUUUAAAGUCUGAAGCCUUGUUUACACUCGGAGGAAUUCCUGACGGCAGGAGGAAUCCAUAGGAUUGGCUUGGGAAGUGCUGUGGGAGCAGGAGGGUGUGGAGCUGCCCCCAGGAGCUGGGGCUGUGUCAGGGCCCUGCUCAUAGGAAAGGGACAUUCGGGGCCAUCCCUGUGUCCCUGCCUGUCCCAGGGCAGCCUCAGCCUGCUGGGAUCAUGAGCAUCAGGAGAGCCUCGGGAAUGUGGGUGGGCAGAACCCAGCUGGGCCAGGGAGGGAUCCAAAACCUCAAUUUGCAGAACAAACAAACAAACAAACAAACAAACAAAAGAUACUUUUAUUGCUAUGCAAUAAGAACCCCCUGAUUUGUGUAUCCCCAGCCCAGCUCCCUGUUGGCUCUGCCUGCGUUUGAGGACGUUCCCUGUGUUCCCAUGAACAACCUUCAGACCUACAACACUAAAGGGAUGAAAACUGACAAUGCAAUUUACUUUGCCUUAAUGAGCUCGAGACAAUGGCAGGAACAGUCUGUCCCACUGCAUCAUGCCCAAGGAAAACGUGCAGUUCCAUGUUUACUAUUUGCAGCUUUGAGGGUCUCUCCAGUGGCCUGGAACAUGUGCUGAAAGCCAAACUUAGUGUUAUUAUUAUUAUUAUUGUUGUUGUUAUUAUUUUUCACUUUUUUUAAACAGUAUUUUAAAAUUGUAUUUAAAGAAACUGUAUUUCAACACACACGUGAGUGUUCAAAAACCCUCUUGAAACAGCAAAAAAACAGCAGCAGCAAAAAAAAAGUCAUUUCUGUACCAGUUGUGUUUUGUUUUACUGCCCAGGGCUGGGCACAGUUGUGUCUGGUCUUCCUCACAGAAAAAAAUCAUAUCAAAAGGACUGUAAAACUGAAUGUCUGUCCAGCAAAUUGUUUCAUUCCUUUCUCCAGAGCUUUCUUUAGGAUCCUUUCCUGUGUGUAGAGUUCAGGCUGAUGUUUCCAGCAAACUGUUUCAUUCCUUUCUUUGGGAUCGUUUCCUUUGUGUCAAGUUGUGGCUGAUGUUUCUUCAAGUGGCUCGUGGCUGCGUUUGGAACGGUUGGGUCUGGGUUUGGAGUAGGAUCCAAGCCAGAAGGACCUGGAGGCAACACGAGUGUCCUGAGAGGAAAAUGUGGUGAGCCAGCAGCAAGCUCAGAGCCUGCCCCAAAUCCCAGCGAGCUGGGGCUUCAGAGCUGCCAGUGAACACCCUCCACUCUGAACCCACCACAACCAAAGUUGGUAAGUCCGAACAGAGCACCUUAAUUCCAUAAAAUUAUCCUUAAUCUCUUCUUCAAAGGCACAAAUCCAUCUUUUUACCCCUAAAAAGCAAGGCAGCUUGGGUGGGAAUAGUAGAGUUCCAGCUGCCCUGCCUGAAGGAAGCAGUUCUUAAACCCUAUUUUUGUACAUUGAAAGAUGGAGAUUUCAAAGAAUGUUAUUUAGCCCUAUCUUUGUCCUGCAAGUAUAAAAAGAAUUAGUUCUCCAGAUGGAUUUCAGGGUGGAAUGGGAAUGAUUUUUCAGUGUAAGAGGGAAGGGAAUCCCCAGUGAUCUCCCUGCAGGGGCAGGAGAAUCAGUGAGGAGCCUUUCCCGGGGGGGGGCAGUUCCAGCUGCAUUUUCCAUUUGAUGAUGGAAAAACUCGAAAUAGGAUGGAAUUUCCAGUGAAAUAGGAUGGAAUUUCCAGUGAACUCCUCCUCACCCUGCAAAUUAAGCAUUAAUAAAUAUUCUGGGCUCGACCCUAACAGGGAGUGCAGAGAGGGAACUGAGAUACUGAUCAGAGGGUUCCACCUGACUUUUAUUGGAAACCACAUUUGAACCAAUACUAAAGUUUAUCAGAACUGGUUUUUAUCCAAACCAGCUCUGUCACACUCAGCUUUUUGUGAAAAUUUUUCAUUAAAUCUUGGCAAAUUAAGCACCAGACUUCCCAAAGGAGGAGUCCAGCACCUUGGCCAUGUCCCCAAAUCCCAGAGAAAUCCUGGGAUGAGCCAGGCUGGGGCACCAGGCACAGCAAAGCUCCUCCCAAAGUGCUGCAGGGGAGCAGAGCUGUGCCAGAGGCACCCUGGGAGCGCUGGAACACCUGGAAAUGGGAUGAAUAUGGGCAAAUCUGGACAAAAAUCCACAUCUUGGAGUUUGUGAGAGUAGGAAUCACUUUGGCUGGUUGAGGCCCCACAGCUCUUGUAAUAAACCCUUGGAAUUACCCAUUUGUUCCCUGAAAUUUUCCUGAUGUUCACAAGAACUGUGUUGGUACUGAAGCAGAAAGCAAAUCCCGUGUGUUUUCAAGUGCAGAUUAACAGCUUCUCUUGGACAUAACUUUCCAUUAGGAAUGAAGGAAAUUCCUGCUCCAUUUGAGCCAUUUCUUUUACUUCGAUCACUUCUAGUAUUACAAAUUCUGCAUGUAACUUUAUAAAUAUUUUAAAUAGUUUUGUAAAUAUUUAAUAUUCAGCUAAUUUGAUUUUGAAUUGUAAAUGUCAAGUAUUCUGGUAUUGGGAUUUUUAUGUUUUAUUAUACUUUGUUAAAAGUUAAAUUGUACAUUUUUAGAAUGUUUUUAUCUGAGUAAAUUUAAUGUAUGGAAAAUAAAGAGUUAAACAGAA